AUGAUUGUUCCAGUUAGAUGUUUUUCCUGUGGGAAAGUUGUCGGUGACAAAUGGGAAGCCUAUUUGAAUAUGUUGCAAGAAGAAGAACUAGAAGAAGGUACUGCUUUGACUAGAUUGGGGUUGAAGAGAUACUGUUGCAGAAGAAUGAUUCUAACACAUGUCGAUUUGAUUGAAAAGUUCUUGAGAUACAAUCCUUUGGAAAAAAGAGAUUAG